AUGGAUACGCUGGAGCGGCAAUCCAUGGAUCCAGGUAGGGAGAACAACCAAGACCUACCUCAAGCCGUGUCACCAGAUAAAGUGCUGGAUUCAUCAUGUUCCACCCCAAUGAGAAAUAAGCUCCAAGUCAGUAUAGCCACUCGUAGGGCGGCCUUGACGGCAUUUUUCUCUCGUGUUCAUGGCAAUCCCUAUGUGUUCCUUGACGAGGAGACCACAAGAAGCCAUGUGAUGAACGGCCAAGUCUCAGAUGAGUUCCUUCACGCUCUAGUAGCCGUGGCCGCACGGUAUGUUCCUGAUGCUGAGGGUGGAGGCAAGACAGAUCAGGCUGCGCAUCAUUUGAGACUUUCCGAGAAAUGCGUCGACCUGGGCGAUGUGUCCAUGGAAACCGCGCAGACCCUAACUCUACAAGCCGUGUGUCUAAUAUCUCUUGGCCGAGGCCCUGCAGCUUGGAUGAAGAUUGGCACGGCUAUCCGCAUGGCUCAAGGCAUGGAGCUGCAAAGACGAGCCAUUUCUGACCAUGCAUCAUCCCUUUUGAAAGUUGAUCUGGCGCGGCAGUUUACCCUUGCACUGUAUGCGAUGGACCGUUUCAGCGUUUGCGGGUCAAACCGGCCGAUGAUGAUCAGCGACGACUGGAUCCAAGGAUCAAGUCAACCGAGUGACCAGUCUGUCCUCAGCACAUUUACAACGCUACAUCAGCCAUCUAUACAAAACAGUGAUCAAGGGCAAAUAAUUCACCAUCUAUUUGCGGAUAUCCUGCGACUCCUCGGCCAAUCCAACCGAUACCUUCAGAUGGGCGGUGUUCAGGGUGAUAGCCAUUUUCCGUGGCAUCAGAACUCAAUCCUCUCAAAGCUCGUUGGGGAGUUGACCGCCUGGAAGAUUCGAGCUGAUGCAGCCAUUUCAUUUCAAACUCUUGACUAUUCGAAUAGCGUGAACGUCAACUGGCUUUGUCUAAGCUGGUUUUCAUAUCAUGCCAUUCUGAUCCGCCUGUACCGACAGUUUCUUCCAUUGAUCAUGGCGGAAAACGGAUCGGAUUAUACAUCAGAUCCAUGGCAGAAGGAGACUUCAAGAAAAUGUGUCGAACAUGCGAUUAAAAUGGCCGAGUUGUGCGAUGAAGCGGCAGGGCAGGGGUACUCGUGGCCCUUCUUCACGUCGUUUUGCCUCGCAUCCGCAGCUACGGUGCUAAUACACGCCAAGUACUACGAUUUCGUCACUGGAAGUGUUGAGUAUCUGGUCGCUAUUGUCGAACGGCUCAUAACAAUGCUGGCCGAGAACCCACUGGUAGAGUCGCAGUUUUAUAAAAGGUAUCCCAAGGGCGAGUUUGAUCCUAGCCAUAUUCCUUUUGCGCAGCCAAAUGACUGGAUGGAUGCAAGUCUCGAUGGGCGAGACGACCUCUUCUCGUUGGGCUCUCUACCGGAGAAGUUGAGCAGUCUACGGGGAAGUCCCUAUACAUUCCAAAGAACUGGUGGAUCUUUGUCUCCAACACCAAGAGUUUCGGAGGCUAGCGAGAGUUGGUCAAACACGUGUUACAUUCCUGGGAUGACGACUUGUCUUGAUGACUAUCUUCGACUCGACGAUGAGCAUUACGCUGAGAUGCCGGUAAACGAAAGUCAGAUCACACAGGCUUAUGAGUCAAUGGAUGAGGAGCUUCUAAAAUCAGUCUCACGGGACGAGAAUAUGUACACACCAUCCAUCCUAUGGGGUUGCAGCCCAUAUUGA